ACCACCACAGAUAACUAAAUCAUUUAAUACUCACUUCGCAAUAAUAACGCAUUCCUCGGAUUUGCUUUCACUCCACUCUCAGUCUCUGCUUAAGUUAGAUUUCCCACCAAAACUUAACGCCAUUAUCUAUUCAUCAAAUUACUUACUUUUUUUGCUUGCCAGUGUAUCACUGUAUCCGCAUUUUCUCCCUCUUGUAAAUCUCAUCCCCGGAGAGCUCUAAAAAUGCAGCAAUUACGGCCGGAAUCUUCGGCCAUGACCUUUGAUGAGAUUUCCAUGGAGAGAAGCAAGAGCUUCGUGAAGGCUUUACAGGAACUGAAGAACCUAAGGCCUCAGCUUUAUUCUGCUGCCGAAUAUUGUGAAAAAUCAUAUCUUCAUACUGAGCAUAAACAGAUGGUGCUGGACAACCUGAAAGACUAUGCCGUACGAGCUCUUGUCAAUGCUGUUGAUCACCUAGGAACUGUUACUUACAAGUUAACUGAUCUCUUUGAACAACAUAAGUUAGAUGUUUCAACAAUGGAGCUAAAAGUUUCUUCUCUUAACCAACAACUUCUCACUUGUCAAAUAUACACGGAUAAAGAAGGCCUUAGGCAGCAGCAGUUGUUCACAGUAAUCCCCGGGCAUCAUAAGCAUUACAUUUUACCGAAUUCAGUCAACAAGAAAGUGCAGUUUAGUCCACAGAUACAGAUAGAUGCCAGGCAAAUGCAUAUUCAAGCAAGACCUCGUUUUCAUCCUUCAGGCAACCCUCCAUCACAAACUCUUUCCUGGCAUUUAGCCUCAGAAACUAAAUCCACUCUGAACAGGAGCGAGCACACUUUCAUAGGCAUGGAAGACACAAAAGCUUCUGGAGCAACUUCUGGAGUUUUCCAACUGUUGGGUUCUGAAGAAGCUGUAUCAUCAAAAUCCACAGCAGCUUGUCUUCACUCAGCUAGUGGAGGUCCUUCUUAUAAUACAGUUCUGCAAACUUUUUGUGUCACAGAGAGGGAUACUUCAGAAGGAUCCAAGUCAUUGAUGGCAUUCAGGUCCUUGGACAAUAUGGGUCGUCAUGAGAUCAUUCGCCCCACUGUUCGCAGUAAAAGCAUGCUGUCAGCAUUCUUUGUCAAACCCAAGUCAUCAAAGCAGUAGGCAAAUUAAUCAUGUGAAGUUGUGACAACCAGAGAAACCAUCCUGCAAAAUUCUCCAUCUCUUGCCAUCUUUCCUUCAUCAACUGCCCAGUUGGAGUUUGUGUAUGUGUGCCGACUGGUAGAAACAUUUCUUCAAUACUUUGUAUUCUACAAGGACAAAUCUGUCUUAUGAUCCUAUAUUGUCCAAUUGCUGAAUUUCAUUAGGCGUCUUUCUGAAAUCUGUCAUAUUUGGGCCACAGGUCAUCCAAGGCAUGUCAUCCUGAUCAAUUGCAUGUUGAUUCUUCAGUGUAAUGGGAUUGUGUGGUACAUUUGUUUUCCUCUUCUGCUUCGUUCCUUCACUAUGUAUAGCGCUUUGCUUAUAGAGCAUUGGAUUCCAUUUAAUUGAUGGUCAAUGAAAAAUUUAUCUCGUAAAUCACAUUGAAA